CCUCUGCUCUCAGAGCUCCCAGACAGCACCCCAUCCACCAGAUUCCUGGGGCGUCAGGUCUCCCGCAGCCAGCAGCCUGGACCUUGGGGUGGGACGCCUCUACACCCGGCCGGUCCCGACUCCCUCCUGGCCUCAGCCUCUGGGGCCCAUCUCGGGGCCGUGGCCGCGGUGGCCAGAGCUCUGCUGGUGCAGUGGGGGCCACCUGGGUCCUGGCCCCGAAGGCGCCCUGGACCGAGAGCGCGCUGUCCCAGGCCGAUGUACCAGGUGAGCAGCCAGCGCCCCCCUAGCUGCGACGCCCGCCAUGGAGCCCCCAGCGCAGCUCCGGGCCCAGCCCAGACCCCAUCCUUCCUGCCUGGGCUGGAGGUAGUAGCAGGAUCCACUCACCCUGCAGAGGCAGCACCAGAAGAGGGCUCCUUGGAGGAGGUGGCACCUCCCAUGCUGCAAGGCAAUGGCCCUGAGGCCCCCCAGGCCCUGGACAGCACUGACCUCGAUGUCCCCAUAGAAGCUGUGACACGCCAGCCUCAGGGGAACCCCUUGGGCUGUACGCCACUACUGCCAAAUGGCGCUGGCCACCCCUCAGAGUUGGGCAGCACCAGGCAGGCAGGGAAUGGUGCCCUGGGUGGCUCUAAGGCCCACCGGAAGUUGCAGACACACCCAUCUCUCGCCAGCCAGGGCAGCAAGAAGAGUAAGGGCAGCACCAAGUCCUCCGCCUCCCAGAUUCCCCUCCAGGCACAGGAAGACUGCUGCGUCCACUGCAUCCUGUCCUGCCUGUUCUGCGAGUUCCUGACGCUGUGCAACAUUGUCCUGGACUGCGCCACGUGCGGCUCCUGCAGCUCUGAGGACUCGUGCCUCUGCUGCUGCUGCUGUGGCUCCGGUGAGUGCGCAGACUGCGACCUGCCCUGCGAUCUGGACUGUGGCAUCCUGGACGCCUGCUGCGAGUCUGCCGACUGCCUGGAGAUCUGCAUGGAGUGCUGCGGCCUCUGCUUCUCCUCCUGACCCACCGGCCGGGCCUGCCCCGGCUGCCACACAAGGCUUGAUUAACACCCCGCCACCUGGGUCCUCUCCCACCCACCCAGCGCCCCCUCUGAACCCCAGCCCUGGUGAGACAGGGACGCCUGGAGGGGCCAUCUCAGCUGUGGGAGGUGGGCCCAUGGCAGAGAAGCCUGUCCUCAACACUGAGGACCUGGGCGCCUUUGGGUGCCAGGGCUGGGGAACACUGUGAAAGUUAGGGGAGGGGCUGUGUGCUCUCUACCUCUCCCUGCCCUGAUGCCCACCUGUCCCCUGCGACCCCAGGCCUCGAGGACAGUAAAAUGUGAAAAUGAGACACCCCACCCCACCCAACCCCCAACCAGCCCUCCCCAUCUCCUUUCCUGGGCUCUUAUGGGGGCCCAAGCCUUGUAGUGACCGGAGAGGGCAGGGCUGGGCACAGGCCUGGGUGGGGUGGGAGGGAGAACAGUAAGGAAAAGACUGGAAGGGGAGAGGGAGGGAAUGGAAGGAGGGUCUGUUCUAUUUGUUGCUGUAAAUAAAGAUAU